AUGCAACUUGAUCUUGAAUCAUUGUCUGAAGCUACUUCUGGAGCAAUUGGAUCCCUUGUCAGCACCACUGUCUUGUACCCGCUUGAUACUUGUAAGACCAAAUAUCAAGCUGAAGUUCAAGCUCGUCAUCAAAGAAAAUAUAGGAGAAUUUCUGAUGUUCUAUGGGAAGCAGUUUCUAAACGUCAGGUGCUUUCAUUGUACCAAGGCCUUGGGACGAAAAAUGUCCAAUCCUUCAUUUCGUCGUUUAUUUAUUUCUAUGGAUACAGCUAUUUUAAGAAACUAUAUUUGAAACAAACCGGAAACAACAACAUUGGCACAACAGCAAACUUGAUUGCCGCUACUAUGUCUGGGGUUUGCACUAUACUAAUAACUCAGCCCUUAGAUACAGCAUCCUCAAGAAUGCAGACAAGUGAAUUUGGAAAAUCCAAGGGACUAUGGCAGACCUUAUCAGAGGGUACCUGGAGUGAGGCAUUUGAUGGUCUUGCCAUAUCUAUUCUUUUAACAACAAACCCAUCUAUUCAGUAUACUGCAUUCGAUCAGCUGAAACACAGACUACUAAAGGGAAAAGGGAGCAAGAGAACAGAUGCAAAGUCGUCCCCAGAAUCGCUGUCUGCGUUUAAUGCUUUCUUGCUUGGUGCAGUUUCAAAAUGCGCUGCUACAUGCUUGACAUACCCAGCUAUCAGGUGUAAAGUCACGAUUCAGGCUGCCGAUUCAUAUGAUAAUAAGAGUACGGAAACUGAGAAGAAGGCACAGAAGACGAUCUCUGGCGCAUUCUAUACAAUUUGGAAAAGAGAAGGCCUCUUGGGAUUUUUCAACGGAUUGCAGGCGCAGAUAUUGAAAACUGUUCUCAGCUCUGCGUUACUUCUGAUGGUAAAGGAGAAGAUCACAAAGUCGACAUGGAUUCUGAUGCUCAUGAUUGGAAGAUACUUUUCUGCCAAUCCCCCCAAAUUGAAGGCGUCUUGA